UCAUUUUUUUCCCCCAGGUUUCCAGAUGGCUGAUCCUUUCCUAUACAACACUGGGGAAAGAUCUGGAUAUGGAUGCCUUGGACAUGAAGUGCAAAUUGAGCAUAUCAAGGCAUACGUUUGCAGACCAUCUUAUUUCACAGACAAAGCUGUGAUUGUGAUUCAUGAUAUAUUUGGAUGGAUGUUUCCAGACAUUAGAUAUAUAGUUGAUUUAAUUGCAGGUCAUGGAUACAUAACCAUCUGCCCAGACUUCUUCAAGGGGAAGGACCCCUGGAAAACUACUGACCACUGGCAUGACUUUGCUGACUGGAUGAAAGAACAUGACCCAAUGAAAGUAGACAGGGAAGCUGAUGUUGUCUUGAAGUAUCUAAAGGAACAAUGCGGUGCAAAGAAGAUUGGUAUCGUUGGGUUUUCCUGGGGUGGAAUGGCAGUACAUCACUUGAUGCUGAAAAAUCCUCAAUUAUCCGCUGGGGUAUCCCUCUAUGGAAUAAUACGGGACUCUGAAGAAAGAUACGAUUUACUGAAUCCCACAUUUUUUAUAUUUGGUGAGAAAGACCACACUAUUUCUCAUGACCAGAUUACCUUAUUGGAUGAGAAGUUGAAACAGUACUGUAAAGUUCCAUAUAAAAUUAAAGUUUAUCCUGGACAGGUUCAUGGGUUUGCACAACUGAAGCCAGAAGAUAUGAAACCUGUUGAUAAACCUUAUAUUGAAGAAGCUAGAAAAGAUAUGAUUGAUUGGAUCAAGACAUUUAUUUGACAAAAACAUAAAGGAACACUAGGCUUCAAAAUCAGAGUUCAGUUAAAUUUUAGAGAAGAAAACAGUCAAGAGGAAGA